ACGGCAGUUUCGGACACCGUGUUCCACCGGGUGGAGUCCGGUAGACAAGAUUAACAUAUUCUUCGAAACAAUCAGCCAGCUGGCUGAACACUGCGUCAAGAUGCGUACCCUCGGGCUGUCCGUGAUCAGCAUGUUGCUGACCGGGCUGGUAAUUGGCAAUGCGUACUACCAGAAGAAGCAGUUCUACCCGUCUGUUGUGUACAUUACGAAAUCUAACCCGAGCAUGGCUGUCAUAUACAUUCAGUCGCUCGUACUAGUUUUGAUGUUGGGCAAGCUGAUGAAGAAAAUCUUCCUCGGCACGCUACGUGCGGCCGAAUUCGAACAUCUGAUGGAGCGGUUCUGGUACGCGCUGACGGAAACCUGUCUCGCGUUUACAGUCUUUCGGGAUGAUUUCAAUCCGAAAUUUGUGGCACUAUUUACGGUGCUGCUAUUUUUGAAAUCCUUUCACUGGCUGGCAGAAGAUCGCGUCGAUUAUAUGGAACGUAGCCCCGUAAUUGGAUGGUUAUUCCACGUGCGGGUAGCCGGACUGCUGCUCUGCUUGGGCCUGUUCGAUUACGAGCUAAUAUCGUACGCAUACCAGUCCACCAUCGCCAAGGGCGUAACGGUCCAGCUUGUGUUUGGGUUCGAGUACGCGAUCCUAAUGACGAUGGUCAUUAACACCGCCAUAAAGUACAUCUUUCACGCUGCCGAACUGCGUUCGGACACACCGUGGGAAAACAAGGCGGUCUUUCUGCUGUACACCGAACUCAUCAUUGGUUUUACGCGCGUCGUACUUUACGUGGUGUUUGUCACUUUGAUGGUCAAAAUAUUCACCCUGCCAAUGUUUGCCUUCCGUCCGAUGUACUACACAAUGCGCAACUUCAAGAAGGCUUUGAACGACGUAAUUCUAUCGCGCCGCGCCAUCCGUAACAUGAACACACUCUAUCCGGACGCAACGCCCGAAGAGCUGCAAAUGUCGGACAACAUUUGCAUUAUCUGUCGCGAGGAUAUGGUGAGCAACUCGAAAAAGCUGCCGUGUGGUCACAUUUUCCACACGGCCUGUCUGCGCUCCUGGUUCCAGCGGCAACAAACGUGCCCGACCUGCCGGUUAAACAUACUGCGUACACCGAUUACGGCGGCCACCGCUCCUGCCAAUCCGGUGCCAAAUAAUAAUGGAAACGAUGCGAAUGCUAGCGCUGGUGGUGCUGCUGGCACCGCUGACACUAGCCGUCCGACGAUGGUGGCCGCGGGUGGAGGUGCUGCUGGUGUUGGCGGUACUGGCAGUGGUGGUGCUUUAGGUACAGGAGCCACAUUGCCUAAUGGUCUAACAGGAACGGGAACGAAUGCGCUACCACUGUUUCCUCCAGCGCCGAUGCUGCUGCCUCCAUUUCCCUUUGUCGGUAUGCCAUCGUACACGAUGCCCUUGCCACCGGUUCCUCCCUCGCUGGACACCCUUUCGGACGAGGAGGUUCGAGCGAUGGAAGGCAACGAAAGGCGCCAUAUUGAGGAACGUAUCAAGCAUCUGCAAAACAUACGCACCCUGCUCGAUGCGUCCGUUGCACUGAUGAACCAAUACGCAGCCAUCACGGCCCGACUACCACCGGAAGCAGUGGCCCAUUUGCAGCAACAGCAGCCACAAACAUCAUCGCAACCAAAUGUAUCGAAUACUGCUACCAUGGCUAGUAGUAGUAGUGAUACUGAUGCAAACAUUACUACAUCACCGGCACAAACAUUAUUGACCACCACCUCGGUAACGGAAUCGGCAGCGAGUGUUACUCCCAGCAGUAGUGUUGCUCCCGACUCCAGCAGUAAUAAACCUAGCAACAGUAAGGUUAGUGAUAGUGAUACCAAUAGAGUAAGCAACAGUAGUAGCAGUAGUAGUUCGGCGCUGUUGAGCCAACCGAAGCUAGAGGAUCUCGGACCGCUCAGCAGCGAUGAAGAUGAUCCAGCUUCAACGCACAGCAAGCGCAAGAAGGAACCAUUACCAAGCGAUAGCAAGGUUCUGCUAAUCACGCCCGAUCAGAUGCAGGACGCAGCAACAGCCACUUCCUCCAGAGUGUCCGAAACUUUGAAUGGGGUAGCCGCAUUAAAGCGACCCGAAAGUGCCGCCAUGAGUGAGCUGCGUCGUCGACGUUUGGAGAAGUUUGCCACGACAAGCACAACGGACCCAACGGCAAAUGGUAGUCAGCAGGAGCAGCAGCAGCAGCAGCAGCAGCAGUAG